GCGGGGCGGGGCUCCCCGUGUGCCACCCUUAGACUACUUAUUAUUGCCAACCCGAAGAAAACAAGUUUAAACGCAAAAAAGACUCGCAGUUGCAGACUUCACUCUCACUAUCAUCCAAUCUCUCUCUCUUUCUCUCUCUCUCUCUCCCCACCGUAUUCGGCCGCCACCCACCACAAAUGGACGACCGGCCGCCGCUACAAAAGAUCGCAAUCUCCGGCCCAACACUCGCAUCUCUAAUCCAGCGCUUCUCCACUUCCCCUUCCUCCCUCGAUGGCCUCCUCUUCGGCCACGUCACCCUUCUCACUCCUCUCAACCUCUCCGACGAUCCCUCCACCGCCUCCUCUGCCACCACUACCUCCGAUGAAUCCACCUCAUCCGCCACCCUCGUCGCCACCGUCACCGGUUUCAUCUCCUCCCCUUCCCCAACCUCCACCUUCUACGACUCCACCGGCACCGUCACACAACCCUCCCUCCGCAACAUCCUAAAUAACCACCACCACCAUAACAACCACCACCUGAUAGGUUGGUUCUCCGCCCGCCGGAAAACCCCACUCCGUCCCUCCAUGCGCGAAUUCUCCGUCACACAAUCCCUCUCUUCUCUCUCCGCAUUCUCCUCCCAAAUUCAGAACUCACCAAACCCUAAUUCCACAUCUUCUUCAACUGCUUCUUCUUCCUCCUCCUCCUUCUCCCCUUGCAUCUUCAUCCUCUUGUCUUCUCCUUUCUCCAACGACCACAUCCACACUCACGAGUACCGCGCGUACCAGCUACGCGCUUCCUCCUCAUUCGAACCGAAACUGAUCGAUAUCGUCAACAUUGGGCCUGCGUUUCGAGGGCAUUACGGUUCCUUUAGUCCUAACGCGGCAUUCCCGGUGUUGGAAUGCGAUUUGGGAAUAUCAAGCAUGAAUGAAGAUCGUGAUGGUAAUGUUGACAAGGAAGAUGAGAGAUUGAGUGUGAUGAAGGAGAAGGCGAAGGAUCAGCGGGAGCUCGAUGGUUGCGCCGAGGGUUUCGAGGUUGGGAGGUUGAGCAGGAUGAUGGGGUCGGAGGCGAGGAGUUACACUUCGAAUUUGGAGGAUUUGUAUGAGAAGAUGCUUGCAAAGGUUGAGAAUCUGACUAGGUUGGUGGAGCAGAGUAAUGCUAAGGUUCUUGAGCAGGAACAUUAUAAUAGAAAGUUGAGGCAAAAAAUUAGAGCUGCCGCCUCAGAGUAACUAUCAUUAUCAAUGAUGGCAAUGCUUUCGUUUUAAUUUCAGUUCAGCAUGGCAAUCAUCCAUGUUAACAAGCUUAUUUUUUGUGUGGCACAAAGCAGAGGAGGGUUAAGCAAAUCGACGAUUUCAGCCUUGUACACCUGACCUGGAUAAGCAACAGUUUCUUCUGGUAUCACUGGAAACAUGAGACCGGCUUUUUGGACCUUUUGGCAGGCCUAUCAUAUAAUCUGUCCUGCUAUUGUAGAUUUUGUAUUUUUUACUUCAUGGUGACUCUUAAAGCUGAAGAAGGCGGUAAAUCGUGCAGGGUGGUUGAAUGGUUUUGGUCUUCCUCAAUUCGAAAAGUUUUGAAGCUUGCUCUCCCAAGCUUUUGCGGCACAUAUUUGCUUCCUGCAAUGACAUGCCAACUGUAUUUUGUAUUGUUUGCUUUUGGUUCCUUUUACCCCCUUCAUAGAAUAUUAAAACUUCAGCUUUAAUAGUUAGUUUUACUUUGUUGCUUGCACAAAGAUCACUGUAAAAGAAAGAAAUGAAAUCAACAAGCACUCAGUUAAUUUUGGUACGUUUACAAAAUUAUCAUUCUAUGGUGAACUUCUGGAGUUUUCUGUUCUGUAAUUAUGCCCACCCUCUAUAUGCUAAGCAUUCAUUAUAAGCAAAAUGUACUACAUUAUGUACUAAGGUAAUAUAAUGGUUCGA